GGGUUGCUCCUUCCUUGGCCCUUUGCUUUGGCCUUUGGCGCCCCUCCUCUUGGCUGCCAUGACCUCCCCUGCGCUCCUGGGCUGCCCCGUUUGAUCUCCGGGGAGAAGUGGAGUCUCUUCGCUGGGGAGAGAGGAUUCAAGGGCGGGGGCGUGGCUCAGGGAAGAGCCGGCGAGUAUGUCUCUCCCUCUCCCCCCCCCCCCGCCCCAUUGCUUCUCCUGCCUUCCUUUGGGUGCCACCCAGGCGCUGCCCCUUCGCCGCCCCCUUCGCGGGGGACCCUCCUCCGAAGCACCUCCCGGCUGUCUCUCUCUCUCUCUUUCUCUCUCUUUCGGAAGCGCAGAGACAAGGAAAAGAGAGAGAGAGGGGUCUCCUGCCUGCGCCAAGCCUUCUCUCCGCCGCUUCCGACAGGAGCCCAGCCAAGAGGAGACACCUGCUGCCAGACUAUCUGUGUAUUUCAUCCUGAACCACACUCAGAUCAACCAGCAUGAGAGAUUUCUUUGCCUGAAGGGUAGCAUUUCCAGUGACAAGCCGUUGCAUCAUGGACCUGGAGAAUGAGCUGCCCAACACCACGGCCUUCUGGACUCCCUACGCAUCUCAAUUUGACCCCUUUUCCCCAGAGACUUCUGUCACUAAUGCCUCUAUCAAUACCACAAGCCACCACUAUGACUUGACCAGCAAUGCCAUCCUUACCUUCAUCUACUUUGUAGUGUGCAUUGUGGGCCUGUGUGGCAACACUUUAGUAAUCUAUGUCAUUCUCCGCUAUGCCAAGAUGAAAACCAUCACUAACAUCUAUAUACUCAACUUGGCCAUAGCUGAUGAACUGUUCAUGUUGGGAUUGCCUUUCCUGGCUAUGCAGGUGGCUUUGGUUCACUGGCCUUUUGGGAAAGCUAUCUGCCGAGUUGUCAUGACUGUGGAUGGGAUCAACCAGUUCACCAGCAUCUUCUGCCUCACAGUUAUGAGUGUGGACAGAUACCUUGCCGUUGUACACCCCAUAAAAUCAGCCAAGUGGAGGCGACCAAGAACAGCAAAGAUGGUCAAUGUAGCUGUUUGGGGGAUCUCCCUUCUCGUCAUACUGCCCAUCAUGAUAUAUGCUGGGGUGAGCAAUAACCAUGGGAGCAGUAGCUGUACCAUGAUCUGGCCAGAUGAAUCUGGUGCUUGGUAUGCAGGCUUCAUCAUCUAUGCCUUUAUUCUGGGCUUCUUGGUGCCCCUCACCAUCAUCUGCCUUUGUUAUCUGUUCAUCAUAAUCAAGGUCAAAUCCUCUGGGAUCAGGGUGAGCUCCUCCAAGAGGAAGAAAUCAGAGAAGAAGGUCACCAGGAUGGUUUCCAUUGUGGUUGCUGUUUUCAUCUUUUGCUGGCUGCCUUUCUACAUCUUUAAUGUAUCCUCAGUGUCUGUGUUGAUUGUGCCAACACCAGUCCUCAAGGGCAUGUUUGAUUUUGUUGUGGUUCUCACCUAUGCCAACAGCUGCGCCAACCCCAUUCUAUAUGCCUUCUUGUCCGACAACUUCAAGAAAAGCUUCCAGAAUGUCCUCUGUCUGGUGAAAGUCAGUGGCAUGGAUGAAGCAGACAGGAGUGACAGCAAGCAGGAUAAGUCCAGGCUUAAUGAGGCAACAGAAACACAGAGGACAUUGCUGAAUGGAGACCUUCAGACCAGCAUUUGAAAGGCAAACAGCUAAUGAGAAAUAGCAGCAGAACAAGCUGGAUGGGAAACUCUGAAGGAGGCAUCUGGCCCAUGCCCAGAGGUUCUCCAUCCCUGCUAUAAUGUAAGCCACUUACAACAGAAAUCGUUACAAUCAUUGUUAUUUGUAUGAAUUAGUCACAUGAAUAUUCAGCAUUUUCCUCCUAUUGCCGCCCUCUUUUUAAUUUCCCCCUACUUUAGACAGGAAAAAUUUGUAUGGAACUAUAAUUUGAUGUUGUAUAAAUGUCCUAAUAAUAAUUUGCCUAGUAUUAGGAGAGUGCAUUGAUUAGUGCUACAAUGGCCAGAAUAAGUUGGGAUUUUUCGGUAUUCUUACUCUUCUCCAACAUCCCACCCCAAUUCUUCUUCUUCUUUUGCAAUGAUGGGGAUGACAGUCACAACAAUCUUCACCAGUAGCAGCUGCUGCUAUGCUGCAAUGUCCUCAAAAGGGAGAUAAAUGAAGAAACAGUACCAACCUAGACUUUCUUCCUUAAUAACUGCAAUACAGGCUGAAUAACCCAUGUCUCAAAUGGUUAGAACCAGAAGGGGUUUUGAUUUUGUGUUUUUCCCUAGAUUUUGAAAUAACUUUUUGCAUAUCCAGUGUGAUACUUUUACCCAUUGAGUUGAUAUUCAUCGCUUUAUCUACGAAUGACCCUAUAAAAAACUCCCUCACUCCCAGCAGAACUGUUUGUGGGCCCCUCUAGUUCUCCCAAUGUGAUUCUAUGGCACAAGUAUAGUCAAAAUCUAGGGUUUGCUAUUAUCCAUAGUUUCAGGUAUCCACAAGUGUGUGUGUGUGUGUGUGUGUGUGUGUGUGUGUGUGUGUGUGUCUUGGACUGUAUCCCUUGUAAACACUGGCUUUAUACUGUACUUGCAUAAUGAGAUAUGAAUCAGACAUUGCUUCAUUCGUCUGGAAUACUUUGUCUGCAAAGGAAUCUUGCAGCACCUUAGAGACUAAUUGAGAGAAUGAAGUUGGUUUGCAUCAGCUUUCGUAGAUUAAGUCUGUUCCUCAGAUGCAUGAAGAGCCUAGGAAUAGACUUAAACUUGAUGAUGGGACCCAUGUCUAAACACAAAAUGCCUUUAUAUUUCAUGCACACCUUAUGCACAUAACCAGAUGGUAAUUUUGUGGACUAUUUUAAAUAAUUUUGUGCAUGAAACAGUUUGUGAAUAUUGAAUCAUCAGAAAACAAAGGUGUCCUUAUCUCCGCUGAUUCUGGGUUUUGAAGUAUUUCAGAUUUCUGGAUAAGGGAUAUUCAAUCUGUAUUUUCAUCAUCGUAGUUUUCAGCAUACUGAUAAGGUAACAGUCCUUCCCACACUGGUUUAAAUUUUAUUAAUGGUUGUGACUAGAAUAGACCCACUGAAUCAACUGGAUAACCUCUGUAUUGAAAUUCCACAUCACACUUGAUUCUACUGUAGUUGAGGUUAACAAGACUUUGGCAUCUGUGUGUAAAUGAUAUACUGUUGAGCUUCAAUGAAGUGAAAACUAAUUUUUGCCAAUUAUCCAAAACUUUCAUGGGGAUUUAUUAUUUAAUACAUUCAUCAGGACCCGUGCAUGGAUCAAGACGUUUGUUUAAAAAGUUCACUGUAAUUUCCAAGCGAUAAAAUAGCAUAUAGGUUCAUUAUUGACCACUAUCGUGAUAAGCAGGACUUCAACAAUGCUUAUUAAUACAUAUCGACAUGCAAGUUUACACUGGUAUUCUGGUCCGUAGGCUUUCUUCCUGAUUUCAAUGAUGUCUCACAUUGUUAUAAUUUUCUGUUUCCUUGUUUGGUUGUGUAAUUGAUAGUAUGUUGUUGAGUAGACUGCACACAAUCUGGCAUACAGAUUAUUACAGAUACACAUUUCAUUUUCAGCCUGUGGCAGUUGGUAUACCAAUUUAACAGAAUAGAAUGAUAUAAUAUUUUAAUGUGUAUGAUCCAUAUAUGCAUAACUAAUGGUGUAAUGGAAACUCAUGAUGUCACUUCUCAAGAAAUUGUGCCAGCAUAGUUCAAAACUUUUUAAAAGAUCUGUGAAGAAGACUAAUGGUCAGAGGAUGAAAAUAACUCUUUCACUUAAUGUAUAUGUGACAGGCUAACAGUGAAAUGGAGCUGAUUCUCUGGCAUGCAAGUUGAGCAAAUAAGAAACAAGAAAAGAACAAAUGGAUAACAGAGUCCAUGCCUAAAAAUUUAAGCAUCCACCAGAAUCUGUAUGUUUUUCAGUUCUAUGUCCUCCCUUGCAAAUUUCUUCUUUAUCUGGCCUGCUUCUAGAUAGCGUUCAUACUAUUCCUGCUUUUUUGAAAUGUAAACUCAUUGACUGUACUGUUUAAACAGAAGGGGGAAAUACACACUGAUAGCAAUGGUGAUUGACUCGAGGAAAAUUAACUAUGAUCUUACUUUAUCUUCUCCUGUCCUUUGCCUUAGGCAUCCCCAAACUGAGACAAGGACUGAAUUCCUGAUGUCUAAAAGUGCACUUUCACCACUGAAAUCAAUAGGAUGCUGGAUCUGCCUUAUCCUUAGGAAGGGCGAGGCAGCUGCUUGGGUUUCACAAGGAGGCAGCAAAUUGUUCUUUAAGCAAUUUGUUAUUAUUGUAUUUGUACUAUUGACUAUUGAGAGAUGCGCUUGUGGGAUUUUCUGCCUCAUGUGCCAAAAUAACUAGGCUCGCUUUUGGUUACUAUUCAUCUUGAACUGAUUGAGGCAGAAGCACAUUUUUCUGCUUCAUCUCAGGCAGCAAAACAUUUUGGAUUAGACUUGACGUGAUGGAAUAUGGAGGAUUAAGAAACCAGCCUCUGUUGCAUUUUGAACUCUGGACUACUAACUGCUGAAGCAGCUUCCAAACAGCCCACAUGAGAAGUAAAAAUAUUUAUGUUCUUCAUAACUACUGUAUUUGUGCUUGCUGUAUUAUAUGUUAUAACCCCUAAACUGUGACACCAGUGUUAGCAAAUGACUUUUCUGUACAUGUACAUGCUUGCUUUUCAUUUUUUUGAAUAUAUACUUUUACAAGAUAUCUUAGCUGUGAAAUAUCUCUUUUUGCAACAGAAGACUCCUUGUUGUGAACCUAUCUGUAGACAAUGGAAGUGCAGAACUGUUUGGAAAAAAGAUUUGUGAAUAAAUUAUGGUACAUCCAUCUGACAAACAUUCUUUUCUCACAAUAAAGUAGUGUAAAUAAGAGUCA